UGGCGUGAGCCCCUGUUAUCUCGGAUUGUGACGAUUUCAAGGAUGUAAACAACCCUCAUGAGUCUUCAGUGAAGUUCAAACUUCCAUGACUUGACUUACAAUGUUACGCCGGUAUAGCGCAUUUCUGUCUUCUGCACGCUUCGCUCCUCUUCAGAACAUCAGGUCAUAAGAGUCGCCUGACCACCGAGCGGUCUUCUAGAAUGGAUCGUCCACAAUGUGUACACCUUCGCCGCUCUAGUUCGUACCGCCAUGGCUUUCCAUGUCCCAGGAAGAUCUUUGAAGCACAAGGGAUAUCCUCGGUGCUGUAUGUCAUGUUGUCAUUUGCUGGCUCUUCGGCGCGAACGCCCGAUUGGCAGGCCGCUCGGCCAGAUAUGUUUUGCACCAAUAGGGUAUCGACUCAGCAUGCAGCGCCCCCUGGCUGCAUUGCCAGAGAUGUUCGGCUGGGACCCACCUGCGGGUGAAUGGACUGCGCAACUCCAAUCAAACAUACAGGACACCGAAGAUCUCGACGCGGGUGUCGCAGAGCCAUCUGCUGUCAGUGGAGCUGCCGCCGAUCAGCUGGACGGUGGAUUCGAAAUUGGUCUCAACAACAACUUCGGUCAAGACAUCGUCACGGAGAUGCCAUGGGGAAACUCGGCGUACUAUUCGCCAGGAUUUCUCGAGAGUCCAGUGAUGUAUGAUGGAUCGGCAUUCAAUAUGCGCCUAGAUUACGAUCAAGGAGGAGUCUCACAGGAUCUCCCGCAUGAUCUGACUACGGCGGGCACUCUACAAGAGGCACUGGUUCCCGCGAAUGAGGUCGCGGUUGCUAUGGCCGACGGAACACACCAAGCGGGACAAGACACGAUGGCAGGUCCACUGAUCCCUCGACCUACUCCUCUGGCCCGCUGGGGCAACGCUUCUCCAUCCGGCGGAGCUUCAGGAAGCAGCAGCACGAACGUGGGGGAUUUCUUUAUGGUUAAUAAUACCAGAUCUACUAACGCGCACCCAAGGCCGUCGCAGCACACGGCUCGAACGCGACGGUGGGCACCCUAUGAGCUGCGGCGGGAAUCCACGUCUAGCCUCACAAGGCGGCAACGGGAGCUUGAGGAGGAACGCGAUCUUGUUCGGGAUGAAUUGCUUCGAAGGUCAGAGCAGUUGGCGUUGACGGCGACGGAAACGACGGAUGCGCAUGACAACGCUGGAGUCAUCGUGUCGCCAAGGAGUACAGGUCAUGUCUGUCCUUUCGACGCGGCAUGCAAUGUCCCCGUUGAGGACUUCAAGCGGCACUACCGCGAGCUCCACAGCAACAUCGAGGUCUCGAUCUGUCAAUGGCGGUUCUCUCCCACGAGCCCACGUUGCCGCACAGUGCUUAAGAGCUUCGGGUCCCUCCUGAAGCAUCUCAAACAAGUGCAUCUGAAAGACAUGGCUUGCAAGUGCUCUCGAUGUGGCCGCCAACUUUCGCGGUCUGACGCACUCACACGCCACAUGCGGAAGUGUCUGCGAUUUGAGGAAGCCGAAGCAUCGGGCGAUGGAAGCACGGUACUUUAUCAGCUGUCCGUGAUAUUCAGCGCCGUCGAGACUUACAACACAAUGUUUCAGGUUACUUAGGUGUAGGGUGCCGUCCAUACUAUCCUCUGCGACGUCUCCCUACGUCAGACGGCAGGUAUAUUGUUACGAUCGGCGUUGUAAGUUAGAAUAGGUCGUGCUUUGUUUUCUAUCCCGUUGUGUUUAUGCUUUGUAUGUGGGAAGAUGAAGCGCUCUUCCCGGUUGCUAUGAAUUGAUGUAUAUGCUGUUUCGCUUUCUACCAUAUAUCUCUGCUCCAAUCUCGUUCCUUGGUUGUGACGCUAGCAUAGGCCGAAGUGACAGACAUAAAUAGCAUGACGGUCGAACUACCGACUGUGGCAAGCGAAGCUCAUCGCCAAAGUUGCGUUGUUCCUGGC